UUUACAUCAUACUGCCGAAACGUAAUUUAUAUACGAAUAGAAGAAAAACUGCUGAGAAAAUAAAAUGCCUGGAAAUCAUUAAACUGUUAUGGUCUGGAUUUAACGCAAAUGCAAUUUUGGGUGUUUAAUGUAUGAAAUCUUGGGCUCAUAUCCAGUGAUGCAGUGUACUUGGCAAUGUGUGACGUACAGCGUAACCCAAUUUUUAAAAGACCAAUUUGACAGCAGCCGAUCAAACUGUCUUAUAAAAUGUAUUGCAACUGUUGGACCCUUACGAUUUAUUACCAAUGUUAAUAGGGCACGAAGUCAAACACUAUUUAUGAUGGCGAUAAUUUGUAAAAAGUGUCCCAUGUGGUCAAAUCGACUAAAGUUAUACAAGUUAAGGUAUGCCUACUUCUUCUUCUUCUUCAGCAUUGGAGUCACAUUAGUCUUCAUGUUACGCUCGUACAUAGAAAUAUCAAGCGUUUAUGCAAAAGAAGACCUCCAACCUUGCCCUUUCACUCACUCAUCUUCAAAUCAAGAUCAGCGAAAAGAUAACAGUGAUUAUCACAAGUUGCUGGAUAUAUACUUCAAGUAUAAACAUCUACCUGAAUCAUGCAUUGCUAGUGACAGAUAUCUUGUGGCUGUACACACAAGUCCUGAACAUAUAGAAAAUAGGAAUGUUAUAAGGUCGACAUGGGGUCAAAGGUCGUUUGGAAUUAAGGUCUUCUUUCUGUUAGCAAAUACAACAGAUGAACUGCUACAAAAGAAAAUCAGCAGUGAAGCUUCGGAAUUCAAAGACGUCGUACAAGCUGACUUCGUAGACAGUUAUUGUAAUAUCACGUACAAACAUGUGCUGGCUUUGAAGUUCGCAAUAGAUAAAUGUUCCAAUAUUAAGUACCUAGUGAAAGUAGACGACGACACCUUUGUCAACACUCCAAACUUGAAGCAGUUUUUGGACUUAUAUGAUAGAAAGUAUAGCAACAAUAGCAACAUUUUGUGCUUGUCUAGGGAGAAAAGUCCUGUUAUGAGAUCUGGAAAGUGGAAGGUGUCUGAAGAAAUGUACCCAGGCAAGUACUACAUCAAGCAUUGUUUUGGCUUCUUCAUAAUCUACCCGAAAGCAGCCGUGACUGCGAUAUACCGGGAGGCCCAAAAGGAAGACGUCAAGCUCUUCUGGAUUGACGAUAUAUUUGUAUCUGGUGUUUUGGCCGGCAAGGCUGGAAUCAAUCAUACCAGUAUCACGAAUCUUUGGACAGAUUAUGGAACUUUGGACAAAUAUCAGAGGGAUUUCAGAAAAUUUGGAGGAAGACCGUUUUUGGUUGGAGCCAUGGAAAUGAGUACAGUGUAUAUGCAAGAACUUUGGAUUUACUUGAAGGACCAUUUACCAAAGACUAAUAUUGUGGAGAUGAUAGAACAAUAGCUUUUUGUGAUAUUAUGAAUGAUGUAAGGUGAAGAAUUGUUUUGAAUUCAAAAGAAUCUAGUUAUCUGUUCUAACACAAUAAUCUUAACUGUACCCCGGACAUGCGCAGGAAAGUAAUUCGUAAUUCUAGUUCGGAACUGCUCGUAGGGACAAAUCUAUUAUUAUCAAAUAGAAUUUCCACCGAUGACG